CUCCCGCUCCCCGAGCUGCACCAAACAGCUCUCAGGUUUCUGCUGAUACUGCAGCGUCAAGAAAUGGCUCGAGUUUGCUCCUCGCUCCUCUUAUGCAUUCAGCAGCCCUCUCGCUCCUGCCACACGCGCCCAGCUCCUGCCUCCUCCUGCUGCCUCUGCUGCUGGGACGAGCCAAGACCGACUCCGGGGAUGCGGCUGCAGGGCUGCGGCGCUCUGACAUCUCGCCAGCCGCCGCUGCCCAGCGCCCGUCUCCUUUUCCAGCUGUCCUAAGGGGAGAGAGCUGGAGAGCCAGCGGCUAUCUAGGACUCCUUGAUUUUAUUUACUAACUCAAGCCUUUUGGAAAAGUGUCUCGCAGGCAGCCCUGUAAAGCGAUCGCUGUGUUAUAAAGAGGGGCGCAAGAGGAGGAGGAGGAGGGUGAAGUUUGCCGCUGCGGUUUUUGUUUUGGUUUGGUUUUUUUGGAUGCUGCUGCAAGGCGACUUGACGCAUUCCGGCACUGGCUCCUACUCCUGACCAGCGCAUCUCACUCGGAGCAGUGUGUGUGUGUGCGGUAGCUUCGUGACAGCAGCUGCGGUGAUGGUCGAGCCGGCGAGAAAAGUGGACGGAACGAGUUAAAGGCUAAAGGAGACGGCUGGGGAGGGGACCCCGGCCUGGGGUGCGCUCCAUAGACCUUCAGCCUCCCGGCCUGGGGGACGGGACAGGAUCCCUCACCUUACCUGCCCUCUUCCCCCCCAAAGGUACUUCUUCCCUCUUUCUUCACCCUCCCAUCAUCCCUAAUGCCCCUCCCUUCAUCCCACCCCUCCUGUCCCCUUUUGGGUAUUUCCAUGCUUUAGGCUCCUCACCCAUCCCUUCCUCAAGCUCCCCAUCCCACCUCAUCAUCCCUCCCUGCAGUCUCCGACCCCCCUCAUCCCUGAACUGCCCUGGGUCUCUCUGCUCUCCUCCAUCCUCCUCCUCCUCCUCCCUUUCCCUCACUCCUCCCCUGCCCCGUGGCCCCUUCCCCGUGUGUCACCAUGACCGUGAUGGCCGGAGAAAACAUGGACGAGACUUCGGCGCUCCCUGGCCACCCCCAGGAUAGCUACCAGCCCGCUGCCCACGACGACCACGAGUGCUGUGAGCGCGUGGUGAUAAACAUUGCUGGACUGCGCUUUGAGACGCAGCUCAAGACUUUAGCCCAGUUCCCCAACACGCUGCUGGGCAACCCCAAGAAGCGCAUGCGGUACUUUGACCCCUUGCGCAACGAGUACUUCUUCGACCGCAACCGGCCCAGCUUUGACGCCAUCCUCUACUACUACCAGUCCGGGGGGCGGCUGCGCCGGCCGGUCAACGUCCCCCUGGACAUGUUCUCUGAGGAGAUCAAAUUCUAUGAGCUGGGUGAGGAGGCCAUGGAGAAGUUCCGGGAGGAUGAAGGGUUCAUCAAAGAUGAGGAGAGGCCCUUGCCGGAGGGGGAGUACCAGCGCCAAGUGUGGCUCCUCUUUGAGUACCCAGAGAGCUCUGGGCCGGCAAGGGUUAUUGCGAUAGUCUCUGUCAUGGUGAUCCUCAUCUCCAUCGUGAUCUUCUGCCUAGAGACAUUACCUGAGCUUAAGGAGGACAAGGAGUACACAGUGCAUCGCACUGACAACACCACCCAGGUCUACAAAUCCAACAUCUUCACAGAUCCCUUCUUUGUUGUGGAGACCCUGUGCAUCAUCUGGUUCUCCUUUGAGCUGGUGGUGCGCUUCUUUGCUUGCCCCAGCAAGACUGAUUUCUUCAAGAACAUAAUGAACUUCAUUGACAUUGUGGCCAUCAUCCCUUACUUCAUCACCCUGGGCACCGAGAUGGCCGAGCGGGAGGGGACUCAGAAAGGAGAGCAGGCCACCUCCUUGGCCAUCCUGAGAGUCAUCAGACUGGUAAGAGUCUUUCGAAUCUUCAAACUCUCCCGGCACUCUAAGGGCCUCCAGAUUUUGGGACAGACCCUCAAAGCAAGUAUGAGAGAGCUAGGUUUACUAAUCUUCUUCCUCUUCAUUGGGGUGAUUCUGUUCUCUAGUGCUGUAUAUUUUGCUGAGGCUGAAGAACCUGAGUCUCAUUUCACAAGUAUCCCUGAUGCUUUCUGGUGGGCGGUGGUAUCCAUGACCACUGUGGGCUAUGGUGACAUGUACCCUGUGACAAUUGGAGGCAAAAUCGUAGGCUCCUUGUGUGCCAUCGCUGGUGUGCUGACAAUUGCCCUGCCUGUACCUGUCAUCGUGUCCAACUUCAACUACUUCUACCACCGAGAAACAGAAGGGGAAGAACAGGCUCAGUUACUUCACGUUAGCUCCCCUAAUUUAGCAUCUGACAGUGAUCUCAGUCGCCGCAGCUCCUCCACAAUCAGCAAAUCUGAGUACAUGGAAAUCGAAGAGGAUAUGAAUAAUAGCAUAGACAAUUUUAGAGAGGCUAAUCUCAGAACUGGCAACUGCACUGUAGCCAACCAAAACUGCGUUAAUAAAAGCAAGCUGCUGACUGAUGUGUAAACAAAAAAAAAAAACCACCAAAAACCAAAAUCCCCACUCACAGCUUGAAGACUUUAGUGACACAGUCACAGUUUGUAGAUGCUUUACUGAUAGUCUUUGAAUGCUUUAUUUACCUCGUAAAUGCAUUGUUGCAUUGCGAAUCUUUGCUCUGCGAUAAAGAAGCUUCCAGGAUCCAUGAAAGAUAAAAUUUUUGUUUAUUUUCAAAAAAGCAUUUUCCACCUGGCUAUUGAUAACCAUUUGAACUAGUUUAGUUUUAAGCCGUAUGACGUUAGACCUAAACUUUUCCUCUCCCAUCGCCCUUUUUUUUUUUUUUUGGAUAAAGUUAACUUAAAACUAAGCAAGACAGUUUUUAGAGCUAUAAAGCAUAUGCAUGGAUUCCAGUAAAAAUAUUCUGCAAAACACUGCACAGUUGCAAGAAAGUGCAUCAGAUAAUAAUAGUAAAAAAAGAUUAGCCAAAACCCUUGGCAAACACUUGCCGUGGCUUUUAUGAAGGAGCGCAAAUUUUUCCUUCCACCCCCUCUGUGAAGGAUUCCAUACUUCCAACCUACAGAUCCACACAGCACCUUAUUAAAAACGUACUUUAGCUUGGUCUCUUUUGCUGUCAGUAGGAGAACUAUUCUAAAAGGAAAAUAACAAGCGAAACUGAAGACAAAACAUCUGCAAUGCUGCUAAGUUCUCUUACGUGCAGAUGAUAAAAACACACUUUUCUUUUUCCCCCCACCCUGUUUGGAACUGGAUACAAAACUUUAAGCCCCUCUGUUGCAAGAUAGCACAAUGGAGUUUAAUAUAAGCAUGUUUGAAUUUGAUACUAUUUAUUUUAUAAUCGCAUGCUUGAAACGUUACCUCAGACAAUAGCGGAUAAGCUUUCGUUUGAACUGAAUCUUCUAAAAAUAGGUCCUUUAUCUCUCUUUUUUCUUUUCUUUUUUUUUCUUUUUUUCUUUUUGAUUUGCAUUCACCAGAAGUGCACUCCUUAAUUUAUUAAAUCGUUGACUAGUAAUUUAAAGUACUGUAUUUAAGUGCGUAUGUUAGUCAAAUGGGAACAAUAACUUUUGGAGAUCAAAGCAUGUUCGAAUAUUCAGCAUUAUGGCCUAUUUGAUUAAAAUGUAACUUGAACUAAUUAAUGCAUGAAUUCAAUGAUAAUAAUAAUAAUAAUAAUAACAACAAUAAUGAUAAGAAUAAAAAUAAAAAAAAAUGUGCUUGAUAGACUGAGGGCCUGAAUGAACUGAUUAGAGAAACCUGAUUGUUUUCCUGCAUUGCUCAGGGAAAUGUGUUGGCUUUUGUCCAGGUGUUGUCGGAAAGGAACAUAUCCCAUCCCUUAAAGGGAAAGCUAUAUGGAAAAUUAAGAAGUCCAGUUAUAUAUAGCAACACCUAAAACCUAGUAUCCUUUAUAGCUGAAAGGUGCAGAUGCAUGCUUUUUGGUGCAUUCUCAGAAUGUAAAUGAAACUUAUCUAUUAUAUGCAUCCAAAUUGCAGCAGCUGGUUUCUUUUGCAGUCAUCAGUUGAGACUUUUUUGUAUUCCCCUAAAACUCGCUGAAGAGACUCAACAGAUUGAUUUAGAUAGUUGCGCAGUGCCUUUAUCUUACAUCCCCUAAAUUGCUGAAAGUGCCUCCAGGAACUGAGCUGAUCCGAGAUGUUGAAGGAAAGGGCAAGGCAUAGGCACGCUGUCACAGGUGUUCUGUGCUGUCCCCUGGCACAGCACAGGAGGGGGUAGAGAGAGAAGGACCAAGUGUGAGUGAGAGGGACGCAGAAGAGGUGGGCAGAGACCACCAGUGCCCAUGGGAUACCUUCCUUCCCCAGCCAAUCUCAUGCCACAGGGCUCAGCAUCUGCUUCUGCCAAGUAACUCAUAGUUGUGUUUGUGCAAGGCUUCAGGUUCCCCUUGGUUGUUUAUAGCUAUCAUUGUAUCUGCCCUUCCUUUCCCUGAGAUGGCUUUUUGGUAGCCUGUCCCUUCAUGGCAGGACGCAGGAGGAAUUAGGGACCAGCAUGAGCUACGGUGUCGCCCAGUCAGGCAACCAGACUGGAGGACUGUGCUUUUCUUUCCCGUACAUUUGCCAGGUGGGUGGGUGGGAAAGCCUUUCCAGUGCCCUCCCAUCCCUGUCUCCUCUCCUCCUCCAUCCCCUUUUGGCAGACUGUCAGAUCUUAAAUCCCAUCACCGAUCAUUUGAGCCAUAUUCUUCUUUCUGGUCCCUAUUCUUACUCCCAGCAUCAUCUGGUGAAGGAAGCAAUGCUAGGAGAAGGUAUCUUCUGCAAUAUGCCAGCCUUGAUUGCUAGGCCCUGGAAGAUAAUAACCUUUGAUCUGAACUAAUGUAGGCACUAAUCUUUGUUUUUUAAAUGGACAAAGUUGAGGAUCUUCGUUCUGCACUUAGCAUGUGGCCAACUGCUGUUGAACACUUCUCCUUCCGCAUUGUACAGAUCCUUUCUUCCCCUGUCUUUCUGAUAUAUGUACAUAUGUGUAUAAAUAUAUAUAUAUAUGUAUGUCUGCUCCUGUGUGUGUCACAUACAUAUGCAGACAUGUAUAUAUAAAAUCAAGGCACUUAGAGUUAUAAAACAAUCCUAACUCUGCAGUUACGCACAAGCUUGACCUGCCAGGUUUCCAGAAAGACUUGACUUUAUUUCUCACUGUGUGACUUCUGUCAAUCUUAGAGAUGAGGAAGCGAUUAAGAACUGAGGGAGCUCUAACUCCUGCAAGAAAUGCAAAGCAUCAGAUACAACAGGGCAUUACAUCCUCUAGGUAGAUGUUGUAAAGCUUCUUUCCUGUCCCCUGCUCACACCCCUGCCCAUUGCACUCCUCUCUCCCCAUUAAAUUCUAGUGGUCCUGAUCUUCCCAAACUCUUGAAUUCUAGGGUGUGACUUCUGAUGUCAAAAUGGACUUGAAUGCUGCACUCAGCUUAUAAAACCACCAACUGAACUAAACAGCAAUAAUCAUUUCAGUGCUACAGGACUGAUGAUCAGAAAGAUGUAUUUGGGAGAUGAGGCCUCACUUUGGUAACUUCUAACCCCAGCUGGGUAUUGCACACCUUAAUUUAAUGUGCAGAGUGAUAAUCAUUCUGCAUAUAUGCAGAGAAAAGUGCUGCAUGCAGCAAUUCUUCUUUGUCAGGAGACAAAAGGUCUUCAGGGCCCAGGGUGGUUUGGGGAGCCUGAAUGUUGCUUUGUCCAUUUAUAGCUCACUGCAAAGGAUCUCAAUACAUAUGGAGUACAGGAAUUAACCUCAUGUAGCAUAGGCAUGCAUUUUCAACAAGUUUGACACACAAAA